AUGGAAUUAUACAGGACAAUCAACAAUGUUUCGUGUCGAUUAGUAAAUUGGGGUAAUCCGUUUUCUUCUGAUGGUUGCGAUGUUAUCUUGUGUAUUACUGGAAAUCCUGGGAUUAUAGAUUUCUAUUAUGAAUUUUGUUCAGCACUUCAUCAAAGCACAGAAUUACCACUUUGCUUGAUAGGUCAAGCUGGACACGAAAUUAUUCCUAAUGAAACUCAUAUAGAAUUAAAAGGCAAUGAGCAUUUAUUUGAUCUUCAGGGUCAAAUUGAACACAAACUUUAUCUAAUUAAUCACUUCAUCGAUAAGCGAAGUAAAUUACAUUUAGUGGGGCAUUCAAUUGGAGCAUGGUUAAUAUUAGAAUGUAUACAAAAACAUCCAUCUAUAAAAGAUAGAAUUGUUUCUAUCAAUUUGUUAUUUCCUACCAUACAGCAAAUGGCGGUAACUAAAAAUGGUAGAUAUGUGAAUAAUGUCUUACGAAAAUUAAAGUCUUUAAUUAUAGCUUUCCUAGUAGUACUGAAUAUGCUACCAAGUAGUAUACUUCACUUUUUUGCCAGUAUAUAUUUAAAACUAAAUGAUUUACCUUUUCAAUAUGCUGAAAGAGUUUUGAAGUAUAUAAAUCCUAACAUAAUAAGAAAAGUGUUGUUCCUUGCUUUCUGUGAAAUGGAUCAAGUGACUAAACUUAACACUCAAGCCAUAAGUAAAAUUGAAAACCUUGUAAAUAUUAUAUACGGUGAAAACGAUGGCUGGGUACCGUUAAACUAUAUUGAAGAAUGGAAGCUUUUAUUACCAACUGUUAAUAUGACGAAAGUUCCUAUAGCUCAUGAAUUUGUUUUAAAAUCUUCUGAAAAAGUAGCUGAAAUGGUGUCAAAUUAUAUUAAAACAAAAAGUCAAGUAAAUCUUUUUUCAACAUAA